AUGAACCUCUCAAUCGACGCUGCUACGUCUCCUGGUGACACGGUUGCAGCAGUGAGACGUCUGGCCGCACAACUGAAUGCUGCAGCGGACGUUUUCGAGGAGUCCGUGGCUCUGUGGCAGCGAAUGAAGCAGCAGCAUCGGAACCAGCCGGAGACCUUGUGGCAGCAGCAGGCGGUGUUCCUGGCAGCGCAGCACCACCUCUACUCGUUAUCGGGGCAGCUAAAUCCGUGGAUUGUGCAGUACUUUGCGUUGUUGCCCGAAUUGGCUCGCUUGCGGGUUGCCGGAGCACUACAUCCAGUGUGUCUAUAUGGCUUGGUGGCUGAGUGCGUUAACCCUGUUGCGGCUACGAUAUGGCGGCAAGAGUGGUUGGAGCAGGAUGAUGGUGUUGAGGCAAUCAUUCGACGGGGUUUGUGGUUUGAGAAGGAGGAUUUCUCACAAGAGAACUUCCACGAAAUUGUGGCAACUGGAACAGUGAACUCAGAAUGCCACGAUCAUGCAUCUUCCUUUGUCCGGUUGUUUCCAGGUCAUGUUGACCUAGCACUGCUUCAUCCGUCGACACCUCUUCGUCUUUCGCUGUUGCAACAAUUGAUUCUCCAGGAAGUGAGCGAUAAGGGUAAGACGGCAGCAACAGGUGUAUCGAGCUCUGCGACGCCGUCUCGGAAAUACAUGCUGCUUCAGCAACUGUGGGAUAACUCUCCUCGCAAUAUUUCAACUGUUAAUAAUGUUCAUAUGACCAUUUGCGAUGUGUUGCAAGAUGAGGAGGAUCAGGUGUGGGCGAUCUUCCAAUUUGUACAGAGCUGGCUGUCGAACGAAAGUGAAUCUGAAAGUGAUCCCUCCAGAGACGUUCCGUUACUUCACCUGUUCAUGAUGUCUUUGGUUCGCAAAAACGUGAUUAACAGAGACAAUUUUGCACGCUUCAGGUUCUUGUGCAACGAUUUCCUUCCCUUUGUCAGUAUCAAGGAAGGAAAGGAGCUGUAUGAAUUGACACUGUCAUAG